GGGGAAGGGGGAAGGAGGAAGGAGGAAGGGGAGAGGGAGAGGAGGCAGACCAAAGCCUUGGGUCCUGCCUUGCUUUGUUUUCCCCAGCGGCUGCGCUGAGCCCAGGCCAGGAGGAUUGCCCCUGCUCUUGAUGCUGCCUCUCUUCUCCUUCUUCCUCCUCCUCCUCCUCCUGGCUCCUGGGCAUCCUCCUUAGAAGCCAGCCCAAGAGCCCCAAGAGCUGCCAGCCCAGCCCUCCAUGUCCUUCUGUUUUCCCAAGAGGAGAAGAGCCCUCCUUGCUGCUCUGCCCAAGGCCAAGGAAGGAAGCAAACGAGGGAAAGAAGGAAGGAAGGAGGAAGCAGGAUGCUGCGCCAGCCGCCGCUUUGAAGGAUGGAGGGAGUCUUGUACAAGUGGACCAAUUAUAUCACAGGUUGGCAGCCUCGUUGGUUUGUUCUAGAUAAUGGGAUAUUGUCUUACUACGAUUCACAGGAUGAUGUUUGUAAAGGUAGCAAAGGAAGCAUAAAGAUGGCUGUGUGUGAAAUCAAAGUGCACCCAACAGAUAGCACAAGAAUGGAGUUAAUCAUCCCAGGAGAGCAGCACUUUUACAUGAAAGCUGUUAAUGCAGCUGAGCGACAGAGGUGGCUAGUAGCGUUGGGGAGCUCAAAAGCCUGCUUGACAGACACCAAAACAAAAAAGGAAAAAGAAACAAAUGAAACCAGUGAAUCUCUGAAAACCAAAAUGUCUGAGCUUCGUCUCUACUGUGACCUUCUAAUGCAGCAGGUCCAUACAAUACAAGAAUACGUUCACCACGAUAAGAAUCGUUCCUCACCUACUGUAGAGAAUAUGAAUGAAGCUUCUUCCUUGCUCAGUGCCACUUGUGACACAUUUAUCACGACACUUGAAGAAUGUGUGAAAAUAGCGAAUGCCAAGUUUAAGCCAGAGAUGUUUCAGCUGCCUCAUCCUGACCCCUUAGUUUCUCCUGUGUCACCUUCACCUGUACAGAUGAUGAAGCGUUCUGUUAGCCACCCAGGUACUUGUUAUCCUGAGAGGAGUGGUCAUUUCACGAAAGAACCAAAUUCAUCUUCCCAUCGAUUAUCACAAAAAUGGAGAAGAACCGUGUCUGAUGCAGGACCAUCUAUAGAUGUUUCCCUCGAAGAUACAGACAGACCAGCAUCCUGUUCCAGAGAUACUCUAAAUGGAGACCUGGCACCUCCAGCCCUUCCUGACGCCUCCUUGCCAUUCUGCGAUUCUAAAAAAGAACCAGAGCUUGAAGAGACUCUUCCGCCUACUUUCUGAAGACACGAAAGGAACAACUUUCUCUGUGUACCGCUAUGCAAACACUGCUGGGAUUACGUGGCUGUGGGGAAGUAGUUCCUGUGAGAAGGAUUUCUCUGCACUUUAUAGAGUCAUGUAAAAAGAAACAAAAAAAACCCCUUUGAAGUGUAUUUUAUCUUUAUAUAGUUUAUUCGCGAGAGUAUUUUCCUAAAACAAACAAAAAAAAUCAGUUUGUGCGUUUUUACUAGAUAGGUAUGUACCUUUGUAAACAUCACUCUUCUUUUUACAAAGUGGGAUAGUCUAAACCUUGACAGAAAGGUUUCAGAUUUGGAUCAGGGGCAGCUUGUGCCAUAGUUAGGACUGAUGAUAUGACAACAGUCAGUUAUAGUAUUUUUUUAUUUUGGUACAAAUCCGUGUCUCACUGAACCCAGUGGCAAUGCUACUAUUUUCUUUUUUCACGGCGCAUUGUAUUUUGGUGGUACUUUUCCAUGCAUUAAGAUUGAGACUGUAUUUCUAACGUUAUGGCUUGUUGUAAUUCCUGUUUCUCUCUUUUGUAAAGCAGCAGUGUAUAAAAGUUCACUAUCUUGAAUUUCAGGUGCACCUUAAUUUUGUUUUCCUUUCCAUGGGGCAAGUGCAGGCUAAGGGUAGAGUCCAAACAAAAACAAGCACCUUUUACGUUGGUUGGAUUUAAUGAGACCUUUUUUUACACAGUGAAGUAAGUGAGAAUUCAGUGUUUAGCUUUAUAAAUUCAAGCAUUUAUGCCCUUAAACGCUUGAAUUCUCAUGUUGUGUGUUUUUCAUUUAAGCUCCUGCAUUUCUCCAAAUUGCACUCAGAACUAAGUCAAUCAAAAAUAAUGGAUGAAAUGUGCAGUAUUUUUUUAAAAAAGAAAGAAUAUAAAUUAUGUGAUCACAAAGCAUUCUACAAGGCGUGUGUAAAGAUAUUUUUACAUUUUAAAUAUAUAUAUAUUCUUUUUUGCAUAUUUGUCAUUUGUUGGGAUGUGGAGCAGAGAUGUAGAGAUGGGGUUUAGUCCUUGUUGGGGUCGGUUUUCACAAAUGAAUGCAGUCCUGCCAAUGUUUGUUUUGUUUAAGACUUGUGGGAAUCAUUCAACCAAAGCGAAGCAUUUCAAGGUCUAGUGGGUUUUACUGGAAGAUUAAAGUAUAUGUGCAUCUUCUCCUGUUCACACAAUUUGACUAAGGAGCACCUAUCUUUGGCUGGAUUCUGCUCUUUGUAGUUAAAAGCAAACUAUGCUUGUUUUAUGUGUUGUCCAAGGCUUUCAUGGGCAGAAUCACAGGGUUGCUGUGAGUUUUCCAGGUUGUAUGGCCAUGUUCCAGAAGCAUUCGCUUCUGACGUUUCACCCACAUCUAUGGAGGGCACCCUCAGAGGUUGUGAGGUCUGUUAGAAACUAGAUAAGUGGGGUUUAUAUAUCUGUGAAAUGUUCAGGGUGGGAGAAAGAACUCUUGUCUGCCUAAGUGAACGUUGCAAUUGGUUAGAGGAAUUCCAGAUAAGAAACAAUCAGGGCCAGUUGACACCUCCCAACAUAGGAUUCUCCCAGGUAGGAAGCAGCCCAGCUUUGAAGCUGCAAGGCUUUUCAAUAGGUUCUUGUGGAUUUUUUCGGACUAUAGAGCCAUGUUCUAGAGGCAUUUCUCCUGACGUUUCGCCUGCAUCUAUGGCAAGCAUCCUCAGAGGUAGUGAGGUCUGUUGGAAUUAGGACAAUGGGUUUAUAUAUCUGUGGAAUGGCUGGGGUGGGGCAAAGAGCUUUUCUCUGCUGGAGCUAGGUGUGAAUGUUUCAACUGACCACCUUCAUUAGCAUUUGAAGGCCUGGCUGAGCAUGCAGGCAAAACGUCAGGAGAAAUGCCUCUAGAACAUGGCUCUAUAGCCCGAAAAAACCCACAAGAACCUAGUGAUUCCAGCCAUGAAAGCCUUCGACAAGGCUUUUCAAUGUUAAUCAGUCUGGUCAAUUGCAACAUUCACAUUUGCUUCAAACAGUCACCCUGGGUGUUCCACAGAUAUAUAAAACCCACUUGUUCCCAACAGAUCCCUUAACCUCUGAGGAUGCCUGCCAUAGAUGUGGGCGAAACGUCAGGAGAGAAUGCUUCUGGUACAUGGCCAUAUAGCCGGGAAAAUUCACAGCAACCCUAUGCUUGUUUUGUUUUUUUACCAAUGUUAUUUUAACACUGGUUUCUAAGAUCUGCUCUUAAACUGCCAUUGUAAUGUAUCCAUAUUUGCUGCUGUACAUUUAUUUAUGAUAUAUUUAUACCAAAGGAGGGCAGUGGUUUUUAUCGUUGUGAAUCCUGUAACUUGGAAAUACCCUUUAUAUACAGCAAGAUUCUUCUUGCAAAUCCAGUGUCAAAUCGGAAUGUCUCUCUAAUAGAGCAGAGAACUGAGCUGUGACUAGAGAAUGAACUGUUUAAUCUUGCCAACUCUUCUUGUUCUUUAUGGGCCUCAUUCAGCAGAAACCUUUUUCCAUGCAGGCUGUAUUUAUUUUGUGGGGUUUCUUUAUUUGUGAAGGCUUUUUUUUUUUUGCAAGAGCAAAGAUACAAUAGGCCGCUCAGCUAUGAGCAAGGUUUGCACAGAUGUUUUCCUGACAGAUUGUGCCCAAAGUUCUUAGUGUUUUGAAAUGUAUUUUUGUUUGUUUGUUUUUGUAUAAACUUUGGGAUACAUUUGGUAUAUGUCUUGACCAUGAAGCACUUUUUAAAAAAUAAAAUAAAAUAAACAACCUUUUCUUUUAAAAAAA